GCCGGAGCUUUUAUGAAGAGCACUUGAAGGCAGCACGUUUGCGUCGGCGUUUCCAUGGUUGCACUGCUGUUGAGAGUCCUGACAGGAAAACAGUGAUGGUAAGCGACCCCAUAUAUGACCAUCUUCAAUCAGACUGUCCACAUACAACAUGGAUAAAGGAUUCAAACAUGAAAAGAUGCGUCAGGUGUUGAAGACUGAGCAAGAGAAGUGUCCUUCUCUGGGGCUCGCAGUUGUGGCCAACCAGUGGGACUCUGUGGAGUCGGACACAGAGAGCUUGGCCCAGGAGAGAGCUUACCAACAGCAGCUACAAAUGUCUGUUGAUCAAAACAAAUACACACCGCCCCAAAAGGAGAAUGCUGACAACUUACAGCAUGCAGAUGGAGAGAAUGAAGAUGCAAAUGAUGAUGCAACUGAAGAUCUUCAGGUUUAUGAUAGCCUAGAACAAAUAGCACACCCUGAGGCCAGGAGGGACCCCACCCUGCUACAGACGGAAUAUUUGGAUACACAGAUAAUGGAAGAAGAAGGAACAAGCCUGCUCUCUGAUGAUGCCUACUCUGACCUUCGAUAUGACCCCAACUGGAGGACCAACCUGAAGGGAGCUGGCCACUUCGAUGAGAGUCCACAGGUGUCCGUCGAGGAAUAUUACCAAGUCCCUAAAGAGAAGUCUAGUCAGGCAUGUGGUGGCAGGCAGGGACUGGUAAUGAAAGCAGGAUACAGAUACAUCGUCGACACAGGUUCAGCUGUUGUGGUGACUCCUCAUAUGGCCGGCAGUGAGUCUGAGCAACCAUACCGCCUACACCCACAAAAUGGUCAGACUUCCCACCACGACAACCAUGCUUUACAAUUCAGAUCACCAGGGGGUGACCUUUCAAGGCCUUCCAGCAUUUUCACUAAAAAUGAAAGUGACAACACUUCACAGAGAGGAUUCAAACAGAUGUGUGAAAAUAACUGUGACAAUGCUGCUGAAAAUAUUAGCAGGGCUCCUGAGAGGAUAGAAUUUAAGACCCACUACCAGCAAGAUCUGAGACACGCACAAGCAGGACCCACUCAAACAGAACACAUAAGCACAUCCACGUUGCUGAGUCCGAAGGUUUUGAUGAACAAAAAGCUUGAAAGACUCACAGAGGACAUAGUGGAACGUAAUAAAAUAACCCUGGGCCGCAACACGUCGAAAUGUGGCUCCUAUGUGACGGUGCAUGCACUUAAGCAGGAGAUUCCUCAUAAUGAGAAUAAGGUGCAUGAAACUCUACAGACAGCCAGCACAGAAAGUCAUGAGGACAGUUCAGACCCCAAGCUGAGAUGGCUCCAGAAAUCACAACAGUUGAGGGUCACCCAGAUCAGCAAAGGGAAGAAAGCCCAGAGGAAAGAAUCCCCAAACCCCCCUCGACAGCAACAGCCCCCUGCCCCGGGGGUCAGAGCUGAGUGGGGAGACAGUCUGAGCUCCCCAUUAGCAAGACCAGCCGCUGUAAUACAGCAGCCGAAACCUCAGAUGACGACUUCAUCACAACCUUUGCCCCCCACUAUUCACCUCAACAUCAACCUUAACACUUCAUCCCAUCUCCUUCCGUUACUCCAGCAGGGGGGCCAGGAUGCCGCCAUCAAUGUAGCAUCUCUUCACGGCUGUCCUCACUGGAGCCCUGCAUCUGAAGUUGAACUUGCAUUUUCCCCUGGAUACCAACAAACAAAUCCAGCAAAGUCCUCCCAGAUGUUUAGGACAGGCGUAAAUGUACAACUUCACCACCGAAACUUGGAGAGUAGCCCUGAACAUUGGAAAAGGACAACUGCCAUGAAGUGGCCAUUAUCCUGUGAAGAGGAGCACCAGAAAUGGAGUCCAAAUGACGUUCACACAAAGCAAUUUCCACAAAACCUCCCCAGGACGCCCACCACCACUUCGUCUCUGGGUUCAGGCUCCUACCCAGUUCUGCCUCCUAUAGGAAACUCAAUGACAGGGAAAGAGCCGGAGCUGAGUCCCGAUCAGAGUGCGAGCACUGCCUACGUCAUCCAUAGAAGCAGUUCUGAUGGCUACCUGGUACAGAUGGAGAAACAGAAGCAGCUGAGGGCAAGACUCACCUACAAGGCAUACAGUCUUAAAGACUACAAGCAGCUGAAGUCUGAUAUAAAUCUGCGAGGCCUGGGUCCAGACUACAGUGUCAUUGAAAAGACAGCUGAGAAAAUGAAACGACAGAGGCUGUAUUCAAAUGUGAUCCGCGAGCAGAACAAAAAGAUAAAUAGGAUUCCCUUUCUACCGGCCAAGGACCCGGAAGGCAGUGACAAGAAAGUUCCCAGGAUGAAGGCCUUGGAAUAUGCCAAGACCAUAGCCAAACCCCUUGUACCAUCUCAACCAAAACAGAGACAGAAACACCCGUCCGAAGGCUUCACCGAGCACGCUUCUUACUUGGAGGGCUUGGACGUGUCCCAGCCAGCCACCCUGGAAGCCCUUAGAAAACGACAUGAAGAAGAAAAGCAGGCUGUGGCUCUCUUCAGAAAAGUACAUGCUGUCUGAGGCAAGGUGCAGGUCACGUCAAUAGUCCAUGGAACCCUGGCUCUCAUACAUAUUUGUACUCCCAAGAUUUGGGACACAACAUGCUUCCCAAUUAAAUAUGCUAGGCCUAGUGUUACAUCCACAGAUCAUUACAUUUUACAUUUGUUUUCAAAAUAUGUAUGAAAAGAUAGCUAAUGGUUAUAUCUGUACACAGUAUAGCCUGUAUAGCCUUUGACAUUGUGUGUCACCAGAUCAGAUUUGAGAAGGAAUGCACUGGAUGGACUGUACAGGGUGCUGUUCUCAGCACAUAAAGUCCUAAAGUUUGUGCUUAUGGUAGAUGAUGAAAGUCAGAUGAUAAUAUAACACAAACAACAUGGUGGUACCCUACAUUAAUAUCAUCAAGGUGAACUACUAACAAUACAUUUAAACAUACACACACACACACACACACACACACACACACACACACACACACACACACACACACACACCCCGCCGUAACCUUUAUCUUAUCCUGAACAGUAAAGAUUAGAACCUGUGUAUGCAAUGUAGAUUAAGUGCAUUAAAUAGAAAUUUAGCAGUUGCACUUAUAUGUAAUAUUUUAUAUGCAAAUGAUCAGAUAUAACUGUAUGUAUGUUUGUCCCUACUCAAUAUAGACAGAUAUUAAAUAGUGUCUCAGAUUUUGUGUUAUCGGCAAGGAAGAGAUAAACGUCACAAGACCUACUGAUCUUACUCAUGAAAGUGAUGAAGUGGUAGUAGUAUGUGACAGUGACACUGAGCAAUCAUAGAAUCACCAACAGCACUUUUUCAUUUUCAUUAUACGAUCCAGUUCCAACUAUCCCGGACUGCUGCUUAAUCCACUCUCUUCUUUACGGCAGCGGCAGGUCAUUUCCUUAUUAUUAUAUAUCAGUUUGUCUCCUCUCAAUCAAACGUUUAUAAACUUUAGCUCUAUGUUCUUUAUGUAGUUGAGUUGUGUUCUUCCAUUAUCCCAAAUGUUUCCAACAAUGUUCAAACUCAGAGAAACCUGUCAUUCAGGUAACGCUGAGUUUCACCAGUCGCCUGUCAAUGGCGUCAUAUCCCCUUUGUGCCUGCGUCAGCGUUGUGGUUGUCUGUCAGAAGCUGUGAUACAUUGACUGUUUAUCCAGUCUGAAGCCACAUUUUUACCAUCCACUGUUUAGAUCUUGGUGCCUUUUAGCUCGCAGCCCCUCCGGGAUGUCCUUUGUCUUUUCAACAGUGUGGGAGAAACAGUGAUUUUUAAGGUAGAAGUUCAAAUCAGUGGGUCUGUUUGUUUUGGAGAGGAGGAGACCUCUGUAGAUAAUUGGGUGAAGACAACAACUCCCAUGAUCCCACGCUACUUCACAACUUUCCAAAACUUUGUCUUUUGUUAUUGUUUGGAUUUGAGAGAAGCCCUAGCAGCAGGAAUUACAUACUGUUUAAAAUGUCUUAAAUGUGAUGGUCGUAAGAAUUGAUUGGAUCAAUGAAGUUAACGUUACUUGUAUGAAGUUGUAAUUUUCAUUCUCGCUUUUAAAUGUGUUUUUGGGGAAAAUUAGCACUGAUCAUGCUGUAACAACUAGAGUAUGAAACUAACAUGGAACAAACACCGGUUUUCCUUCAUAUCCUUUGUACUUUGUCUUAAAUUACAUUCAUAAUGGUCUUAAAAAGUCUUAAAUUGAACCUGUUGAAACCUGCAGAAACCCUGUCUCACCACAUUACACACUAAUCCACACACUUGUCGUUGUGUGUCAGAUUAAAUUUCUUUCCUCGAUGUAGGAAAUCCUGCUCAAAUGACAGAUGACAGAUUUGUAGCCAUGUUCUUAGUAGUAACUCCUCCCCAACACAAAACACUCUCAAGCAGCUCAUUUUACUAAUUGAACCCUCAGAUCAUUAUCAAAGCACGAUUUACCUCUGUGCAAUAUUUUAAUUAGAUUAUAGUCUCUAUUUAACCCAUCAUGGACUCUUUGAAGCUCUGUGUUUUUAGUGUUAAGUCCUCAGAUGCACGGUUGGAAACAAAUGGCCGAGCCCUUUUUAAUUUAAUGAGAAACCCUGCCUAUCCAGAUUGAGUCUCUUUGCAUCUUUUUUAGGUCCCACCUACUCGUUUUUUGCCAUUGAAAUCCAGUUAAUUGAAGGAGUCUUUCACCGCUAUACAUGAAGGGGGCCAAAUUAGCAUCCCUUUCUGCCCAUUGGGAAGCUAAGGCAGACGUGGAUGCUUUGAUGUGAGAAGCACGCUUUCAGUAGGCGGCAGGCUUCCUGAAAAUGAGCUGAUGGCCCUGCUAUUAGGGCCAAAUGCAGAUGCGUCCAUGUGUUGCAAAACGCUUAAUCUUUUAAUUGAUCACCUUCUGCAUGGCCUAUUCUCCACAUAGUUUUUCUCCCCCGCUGCCUGAUGAUCAGAAUCACAUUUUGAUGAUGACAUGAAUUGCUUUUCGAAAGGCAGGAAACCCUGUAUGAAAUACAAAUGCCCAGUAGGAGAUGCAUGUGGUAAAACAAUUUAAUACAUGUAAGAAGAUUCUAAAAUGUGCAUGUGUGUGGCUCUUGCACACAUGUUUUUAAAUGAAUAGUUAGUUAAUAUUUUACCGCCCUCCAUUGUUCUAAGAAAUGGACAAUAGUUUAGUAUAACGCACUCAGGUCCCACAGUCUCAUACAGUGUGACAGUAGCUUUAUAUGGACCACAGGGCACACACUCGAGUGUGGCAAAGUGGAUUUUAUGUUGUCGAUAUGCUGGACAUCUGUUGAUCAAGAUUAUUUAAAGAUGAUUAGAAUGCAAUGUCCUGCAGCUUGGAUAAAUUGCUUUAUCUUUGAAUUAACUACAUAACACUGAAAUAGCUCAAAAAUUAUUUUAAUGUUUUUUGUAUCCCCCAUAUUAAUUAGGGCACAGGGAAUACUGCACUGCUACUGUAAAUUCCAGUUCUAAAUAAUACCAAAUUACUCAACAGGACAAAUCCUUAAAUAAAAUGACAAAUGUUUUGUCUUUUUGUUCAAUUGAGGUUUUUCUGUUUUGUUCCAUUCUUUCCAUGAACAAUGUUCAGAAAGUUGUCUUUUACUGCAGCAAUUAAAUGUGUAAUAAAUGUGUACUCAUAACUGA